UUGAUAUAAUUAUGGUGUUUUGCAGGCGGAUGUUGAUAAAGCGGUGCAGGCUGCUCGCCUCGCCUUCUCUUUGGGCUCCGUUUGGAGAAAGAUGGAUGCGUCUGAGCGCGGACGCCUGCUGGCCAAACUGGCCGACUUGGUGGAGCGAGACAGCGUCUAUCUAGCAACUAUUGAGUCGCUGAACAGUGGGAAGCCUUUCCUGCCCACCCUGUUUGUGGAUCUCCAGGCAACGAUAAAGACUCUCAGAUACUUCGCUGGAUACGCAGACAAGAUCCACGGGACCUCCAUCCCGAUGGAUGGAGAGUAUCUGACGUUCACCAGAUAUGAGCCCAUAGGAGUUUGUGGACAAAUUAUCCCCUGGAACUUCCCUCUGAUGAUGACGGCGUGGAAGCUGGCCCCGGCAGUCGCCUGUGGAAACACCGUCGUCCUAAAACCGGCCGAGCAGACGCCCCUCACCUGCCUCUACAUAGCGGCUCUCACCAAGGAGGCCGGGUUUCCACCGGGAGUCAUCAAUAUUUUGCCAGGAUACGGUCCAACAGCAGGAGCUGCGAUUGCUUCGCACAUGGGCAUAGACAAAGUGGCUUUCACGGGAUCAACCGAGGUUGGCAAGCUGAUCCAAGAGGCGGCGGGGAAGAGUAACCUGAAGAGAAUAACGCUGGAGCUGGGAGGGAAGAAUCCCAACAUCAUUUUUGCAGAUGCAGAUUUGGAUGUUGCGGUUGAACAAGCCCACCAGGGCGUGUUCUUCAACGCGGGCCAGUGCUGCACAGCGGGUUCCCGCAUAUUUGUGGAGGACUCCAUUCAUGACGAGUUUGUCCGAAGGAGCGUGGAACGAGCCAAGAGGAGGACAGUGGGCAGCCCCUUCGACCCCACGACUGAGCAGGGUCCGCAGAUCAGUCGGGAGCAUCAGAACCGUGUGCUGGAGUUCAUCCAGAGCGGCGUCAGUGAAGGAGCCAAGCUGGAGUGUGGAGGCAAAGCUCUGGGCCUGAAAGGUUUCUUCAUCGAGCCCACCGUGUUCUCCAACGUGACGGACGACAUGCGCAUCGCCAGAGAGGAGAUUUUUGGGCCAGUCCAGCAGAUUAUGAAGUUCAAAACGAUUGAAGAAGUGAUUGAAAGAGCCAACAACUCAGACUACGGUUUGGUUGCUGCUGUUUUCACCAGCGACAUCAACAAAGCCAUGACCAUAACCGCUGCCCUGCAGGCCGGCACGGUGUGGAUAAACUGCUUCAAUGCUCUGAGCACACAGUGUCCGUUCGGCGGAUACAAGAUGUCUGGCAAUGGACGUGAAUUGGGAGAAAGUGGCCUGAGGGAGUACACAGAGCAGAAGACCAUCACAAUAAAGAUGGCCUCCAAAAACUCUUAAAGGCAGACACGCAUCUUCCUCUCCAUCGUCAUCCUCACACUGUCCACAGCAGCAGACCACACCGGCCGUCCAAACUAGCUCUCUCCAUGGUUAAACUCAGCCUCCACUCUCUCUCCACCCACAUUAACUCGACCUGGCGGCCCCCCACCCCGCCGUCUAUCUUCAGGUCUCCACUGGCAACCACUGACCCCGCACUGUUUACCUCCUCCUCCACUAACAACACUAAAGCACUCACAGAGAUGAUAUGGGAGGAUGCUCCGACCGCGCCGUCCAACGCCGUCGCUCCCCACUGCCCCUCUCCAGAUGCUGGAAGCUCAGAGACUCGGUCGCUGCACUUGCAAUAAGCCCUUUACUAGCUACUUGUCGCGUGUUGGGAGUUUCCUUUCUGCUGUGCGACAUGAUUGUCAAAACCUCAUUCUUCCUCGUCUUGGUUAGGAUUUACGGGCGCGCGCCGGCUCGUUCCGAGACCACUGAUGUUUCCGUCAGCCUCACACGUGAACGGAUGAAAUGUUGAUUCAGAAUUUAAAUUGACUCCUAAUUGUCUUUGUUUAUAUAUUAGCUCAUAUGAUCUAACACUGUAUGUAAACCUUUGACUGACGUAAAGUUGUUAAACUCUUAAAAAGCAUUUUACACUCACUUGUUUUAAAAAAAAGAACGAAAAAAAAGCGGAGUAGGUGUAUUUUAAACUUUUGUAACUAUCAUUGAUGUCCAUGUAUGUUUAUGUUUAUACAAUCGUAUGCUAUAAAAUUAUAAAAUGACUGUAGUUAUGUUCUUUUGCAGUAAAUCAUUUUUCUUUUGCUGUAAAAAUUUUGAGUGUUUUUUUAGAGCUUUGUGUCUCAGGAGGUCUUGCUGUCUUUAAUCUUAUCGAUUUCUUUAUUAUUAAACUAAUCUGCCUGACAAACCUUUAACAAACUAAAGUGCUGCAAACAAUUACUUAAACCCCGACAAAUUUCUUCUGUGUUCUGUUUUUCUCACUUUUGGACAAAAAUAUAAUAAAACUACAAUGAUAACUUGUAUAUUAUGGGAAUAAAUGACGUCCAAACCGA